AUGAAUAAUGAAAAUUAAGAUAAAAAAUGGGAUUAUUAAAUAAAAAUUAUUUUACUAGGCUCUUGUGGGACAGGAAAAACUAAUUUUAUCUCAAAGAUUUGCAGAAAUUAAUUUGAUAUAGAAUCACACUCAACAAUAGGAAUUGAAUUUGGAGUUAGAGAUGUAAUAGUCGAAUCUCAUUUAUUUCGAUUAUAAUUAUGGGAUACUGCCGGAUAAGAAAAGUUCUUAAGUAUGACAUCAGGAUAUUUUAAAAAUGCUGCUGGAGUGUUUUUACUUUAUGAUAUUACAAAAAAGGACAGCUUUGAUCAAAUAUAAACUUGGCUUAAAAUGUGCAAACAAUAUUUAGAUUAAUAUUGCGUCUUGUAUUUAGUUGGGAAUAAAAUUGAUAUGCAAUAUCUUAGAGAAGUAAAUAGGUCAUCUGGUUAAAGUUUCGCUUAAGUAAAUUAAUUACUUUUUGAGGAAUGUAGUGCAGCAAGUGGAGAGAAAAUUGAAGACAUUUUAAAAGAAAUGGUCUCAAAUAUAUAUCAAAUAUUAAUGAUGAAUGAAAUUCAGGUUGAAAACCCUUAAUCAAAAUCCUCUUUGUCCAUAAAAUCGAGUUAAAAUACUUUAAACUCAUGUUGUAUCUGA